AUGUCGGACAACAUUCCUAUCGAACUCCAAUCGGAAAUCAUCAAAAGGGUUCCUGUCAAAUCUUUGCUUCAGUUCAGAUCCGUUUCAAAGCGAUGGAAAUCGCUGAUCGAAAGCUCUGAAUUUAUUGCUGAUCACAGCGUCAACCAGACUCAGCCGCAUCAUCUUCUGUUAAGGUACACUGAACGUUCAGAGCUCAAAUAUGUUUCCAUUGUUGAUGAUGAUAGUUUUCCGCAACACAAGUUUUUCCCUACUGUUCCUCCGACUGCUAAGCUACUUAAGUAUAACCGAAUGAACUAUUCCUCUCACGGAUUGGUGUGCUUGUGCGGUUUUGUUCAUGAUCUCAAGAAGCAUCUUAUUGUUCUUUGGAACCCAUGGAUUAGGAAAUCUGUUGAAAUUGUAUUUCCUUAUAUAUUGAAUGCUCUUGGUUUUGGGGUUUGUCCUAAAACUAUGGACCCUAAGAUUGUCAACAUUACGUGUAAAGCUAACGCUCAAGUUUAUACAUUAAGCUCUCGGGCUUGGAGACACGUAUCAACCAAUCUGCGUGUGCCCGAGACCGGGUUUAGCUUUAAAUCUUAUCAUGAAGUUAUAGAUGGGAUUAUUUAUUGGGUUACUUGUAAUGAGAGUGGAUCUUGUGGUAAGAUAAUUUCAUUUAAUUUGACAAGUGAAGAAUUUGGAUUGAUAGAGCUUCAAGAUAGUUUAGAAGACCCUGGACAUCUAUGCAUCUCUAAGGUUAAGGAGUCUGUUGUUGUGCUUAAUUACGAUAAAUCAGACGAAGCUUGCGGUGUAUGGAUGAUGACCAAAAAUGUUGAUCCAAAAUCAUUGCUUAUAAAAUUAUUCACUGUGAGUUUUAAGGCAUUUCAUGAUUCGAUAUAUCAUAGAAUUGUUGGAUUUAGGAAGAAUGAUCAACCGAUAAUUGAACACCAUCGUAGAAGGUAUGGUUUUCGAUUAACAACACUUGAAGUUUAUGAACCCUGCACGGAACAGAGCAAUGAUAUUGGGACCGAUAUGUGCUUCAUGAUAAAGAAUGAUUCGCGCUUCAUGACAACCUUCCACACAGAAUCACUACUUCUGCUUAAUCAUCCUGGUUCCAUCGCUCAUUGA